UGUGCCGUCUGCACAGGUAUAGCGAUAGAGACGCGUUGCUAAGAAGCCUUACGUUGCUAAUCGGCACGCGGCCUGGUUUCCUCCUGAGCCCUGGUUCCCUCUGCUGUCAUGUUCAAGGUAAUGAAGCUGCUUGCUGUUCCUGCUAGCUUGAGCUUUGUGUCUCUACGUGUGCAUGCUGCCAGUGAGAAGCCAAGUGCAAAGGAUUUCAUAAAGCUGGAAGAGCUUCCCCUGUAUUCUAGUCCUGUUCAAGAAGCAAAAUAGUGGAAGAUAAACAGACACAAUUGGAAGAGGGGUAUUUCAUGGGUGAGAUGGUCGGUUGCGCCAUAUACAAGCUGGUUUCAGGACACUUAUUCCAAGGCCCAGCCCAAGAUGGAAACUGCUUUAGAGCAUUCAAAAGUGACUUAUGAAUUUCUAAGAGAUGCGCCUCCCGGUUUCUACCCGAGACUUGGUCUAAUUGGCUUUGCAGGAAUUGUUGGAUUGUUUCUUGCCAGAGGUUCAAGAAUAAAGAAAGUAAUCUACCCACUUGGUUUUAUAGGAAUCGGAUCUUCACUUUAUUACCCUCAGCAAGCUGCUACCAUUGCGAAGGACACUGGUGCAACCCUGUAUGACUUAGGCUUAAAAGGAUUUAUUACUGUUGAAUCGCUAUGGAAAGAUGGUGGGAAAAAAAAGAAGUCCAGUAAAAAGGAAAGUGGAAAGUCUGAAGUGACCUCUGAGCCACCAGUUGAUAACAGCAUCAGAACAAGUGUAGAAACUUCACAGGAAAGUUAAUCCAAAGAUUCACAUGAUCCUGGAUCCGCAAAUUCCAACAUUUACUCUGAGCUUUAAGGUGAUGUUUUUAAGAUGCUUUCAGUGCAUCUCAGGAAAGACAAACAUUGCACUGAUGUCAGCACAAAUGAUUGUCCCCAGCCUACUCAGGCAUGAAAUAAUAACUCUGUGUCUAAAAUCUGAUUUAUUUAUGUACAGCUUAUAAAUUACAGUUUGCAAUAAACUCACUUGUUUUACUUGCA